UCGUCUGCCGCCUUCGCAGGUGACCUUCUGCCUUCCGCCGGGGCUGGAGUGCACAGAGGAGCUGAUGGUCUGGUACAGAUUCAUCCGCAAAGUCAGUCCGUCCUGCUAAACAGCACUGUUCGCUUGCAAUGUCGCGUCCGCAUGCUGCAGGACGAGGCGACCGGUCGGCGAGUUCGAGUCCUCUGGCAGAAGGACUACUUCGGAAUUGGCGGCAGCCGCGAGGACAUCAACACGUACGGCAGAAGCACGAGAUACAACUUUUCGCGCUACGAUCUGCCCUACAACCUCAAUGAAGGUGAGAGGGAGAAGAUGGACAUUUCAGCCGUCUGUUGCACAGAUUCUUACACUCGCCACCCGCAUAACAUCAUUUUCCGAAGAAAUUAG